AUGUUUGCGCACGUCAUGUACACAGACAAGGCUGAAGCGAUCGUACCUGUCAGCCUAAUCCGGAACUUCAAUCCGAAAGACGUGACUGAUUUUGAUUCAACGUUGAAGAAAACGUUCUGGCAGGGCCCCGAUGAAGCACAUGGAAAGUUUUACAAAGCAGAAGUACUGAAACUUGGAGAAACAAAGGAGGACCUUCUUUCGGACAUGAUAAACCUGGGACUAUGCAUUCCUGCAGUGAUAGAAGGUCCAUAUGUGCCCCCACAAGAAAAGCCUGUGGUGAAGCAGCCUCCAUUGGCCAUGUCGCAACACAAAGGAUCAGUGGCGCAGCCAGACCUCCAAGCUAGCUGCAGCUGUCACAAGAUGACUUGCAGCAAAGAAGCCGUUGCACCAGGGACUUCACCUGUGGCUGUUGAAGUACUAGAGGACGCUAAGGAUGAUGUCCAGUCCAUACAGUUGUCAGGUCCGAGCACAACCAUUGUGGAAAGUGCAGUGCCAUUCGAUCAUGAGGUGUUGGCUUCCACGCCGUGUCUUGAGAGUGCUGCGCCAUCACCGUUGCCUUCACUACCCAUUGAGGAACACUGUUUUGAAGAAAGUCAAGGAACGUCUGGAACCGUCUCUGACAUGAAAAAGAAAAAGGAAAGCCCCAACGACGGAUCCGAUACCGAAUACAAUUCGGACGUGGACUUUCCAGUUAAAGAUGGGCGGGUCAUUCUCUCUGAUGGUGUCACAAUGAAGAAAGACCGCUACGAAUGGGUCAUGGCAUCAAGAUCAGACUCGAAGUUUUGCAAAGACGUCGUACGGACAAUCUGGAGCACAGAUGAACUGAUGCAUCGCAGUGUUACAGGUGCUGCAUGCCGCAGAACAAAGGACGCCCAAGCGAACCGUGCCCUAACGCCAAAGAAGUUGUCAGCAGCAAAAAAAUGUGCCAAGUUCCGUUGGCAUAUGAAGAUGCAUUUCUGCAGCAAAAAUCUGCCAGAAAAUUGA